UUUACUUUCCAAUACUUUCUUUCUUCUUCUCUUAUUAGCUAUUGCAUCCAUUAAUAUUAGUUGCUAUGCUCAAAUUCAAGACAGAAAGGUUUAUAUUGUGUACAUGGGUGAGCUUCCAACUGAGAGUGAAUAUACCCCAGUGUCUCACCACCAAAAUAUUCUUCAGGAAAUUCUCGAGGGAAGUUCAGUGCAGGACACACUAGUUCACAGUUAUAAAAGGAGUUUUAAUGGAUUUUCCGCAAAACUCACCGAAAACGAAGUUCAAAAGCUCUCCGGUAUGGAGGGGAUAGCAUCGAUCUUUCCAAAUCGAAUCUAUCAACCUCUAACUACUAGGUCUUGGGAUUUUAUAGGACUUCCUGAGAAUGUGAAACGAAUGCCUAUUGUAGAAAGUGAUACCAUAGUUGGUGUCAUCGAUACUGGGAUCUGGCCGGAGUCGGAAAGUUUCUCAGAUGAUGGCUUUGGUCCUCCUCCUAAGAAAUGGAAGGGUGUCUGUGAUGGUGGUCACAAUUUUACCUGUAACAACAAGUUAAUAGGUGCCCGAUAUUAUGAGGGCUUAUCAUCUGGCGAAGGAUCUGCUAGGGACACACAAGGCCAUGGUACUCACACUGCAUCUACUGCAGCGGGCAACAUUGUUGAGGGUGCUAGCUUCUAUGCAAUCGCAAAAGGUAAUGCCAGGGGAGCAGUUCCCUCAGCCAGGAUAGCAGCUUAUAAAGUCUGCUUCUCCGGUGGUUGUAAAUCAGAUGCAAUCUUGGCUGCAUUUGAUGAUGCAAUUGCCGAUGGCGUUGAUAUUAUAUCAGUGUCACUGGGUAGUUUAUGGCCAGUUCCCUUUGACAAUGAUCCUACUGUCAUCGGGUCUUUUCAUGCUAUGAAGAAAGGUAUACUCACUUCACAUUCAGCCGGUAACUCUGGACCUAAUCCACAGACAGUGGCCAAUGACGCACCUUGGUUAUUAACUGUGGCGGCAAGUACUACUGAUCGACGCGUCAUGGACAAAAUUGUCCUGGGAAAUGGAAAGACGUUUCGGGGUCUUGGAGUGAAUGGUUUCAAGUUGAAUGGAACUAAAUUCCCGCUUCUGUAUGGGGAUGAUGUUUCAACCACAUGUGAAAUUUCUGCAGCACAGAGUUGCCUGAAAGGUUGCUUGGACAAAGACUUGGUUGAGGGGAAAAUUGUCAUAUGUGAUUCAGUUGCAGAUCUGGCAGUACCUGUGCCUUUUGCAGCGGGAGCUCUAGGAACCAUCAUGGUUACAAAAGAACAGUUUCUUGUGUCGUCUUCAGUUUAUCCAUUACCAGCUGCACUAAUAAACACUACGAGUGGUGACCUUGUCAAGUCUUAUUUCAAGUCUACUAGAAAUCCUGUUGCCACCAUUUUGAAAGCUGAACGAAUAAAAGAUUCUGAAGCUCCUGUAGUAGCUUUGUUUUCUUCUCGCGGACCAAACUCAUUCACACCCGACAUAAUCAAGCCAGAUAUUAGUGCACCGGGAGUUGAUAUAUUGGCUGCGUACUCACCGGUGGCUAGUCCUUCAGAUAUUCUGGGUGAUACUAGGUCAGUGAAGUACAACAUACUCUUUGGGACGUCGAUGGCUUGCCCUCAUGCAACGGGAGCAGCAGCCUACGUUAAAACAUACCAUCCUGAUUGGUCUCCUUCGGCUAUAAAGUCUGCUCUAAUGACCACAGCUUUCGCGAUGAACAAUACAAAGAAUUCUGAUGCAGAAUUUGCUUAUGGGUCUGGUCAAAUUGAUCCAGUGAAGGCUCGAAACCCUGGUCUAGUUUAUGUCACACAUGCAGAUGACUACGUCCACUUUUUAUGUGGUAUGGGUUACGACUCUUCCAGAGUUAAGCUCAUUAUAAACAGUACUUGUCCCGGCAAAGGAAAUACACCCGAUCAAUCUAGGAACCUGAAUUAUCCUUCAUUGGGUGCUCAUGUUAAAGCGGGCAAAAAGAUCAACCUAAAGUUUACAAGAACUGUGACCAACGUAGGCACCACAAAUUCAACGUAUAAGGUGAAGACUACAUCGGAUGAUAGGAUUACGGUGGCAGUGGAACCGAAAGUCCUUUCUUUCAAGUCAUUGAACGAGAAGAAGUCGUUUGUGGUAAGCGUUGUUGGAGAUGGAUUGGGUUCAGAUGAAAUGGCAAGGGCAUCACUGGUGUGGUCAGAUGAGGUUCACAUUGUGAGAAGUCCAAUUGUUGUAUACUCGAAAUUCUAAAGCGAGUAAACGUUAGAAAUUUCCACCUCUCUUAAAAAGUUUCUGCCUGGAAAAAAUUGUCCGUAAAUUUACACCCAAUUUAAAAAUCCACCGUCGUGUCUUGGCAAUUACUUCAACAUCUGCGGACCUUAAGGUUUCAUUAAACACAAAAAUAAAACUGGAGUUAUUUGUAUAAUACCAAUUUCAGAGAAGAAAACUCAAGUAGAAUCCAUCACCUUCUAUGUUGGU